AUGAAGUAUCUCUCUAUUAUAUUACUGCUUUCUUGCCUCGGAUUUUCCGUGCAGAAAUCCACCCCUCAAGAUGACCACUACGUAGGAGCUGUGGUGGAGUACACAGUUACUGGGAAUGUGGCGACGAACCUCUUAAACUACGCCAAUCUUAUUAAGACAGCUGCUGAUCAGGGUGCUGAUAUUGUGGUGUUCCCAGAACUAACGCUCACCAAUGGCUCGACUACCUUCGAAGUGCCGAUAUAUGGCAACUUACGAGACCACCCUGUCCCGGCUCUGAGUCCUGCUUUGUAUGAUGAGUUCAUGGUCACGAUAUCAAACGCUGCGCGUCAAAAUGACAUCUAUGUGGUAAUCAACGGUCGUGAGCUGUUGGACUGCACAGUACAGCAAGCAGUAGGCGAGUACUGCCCGGAGGCGAAGCAGUACAUCUUCAAUACCAACGUCGUCUUUGACAGGACUGGCAAGGUCAUCAACAGAUUCCGCAAGAUCAACUUAUUCGGUGAAUUUGCUCAUACGCCUGCAUUGAAUCCGGACCUAGGAGUAUUUGAUACUGACUUCGGCGUCACCUUUGGCCACUUCAUCUGCUUCGAUCUGAUGUUCCAAGUACCAGCCGUACAGGUCGUGCAGAAGAGUAAAGUCAAGAAUGUCAUUUUCCCCACUAUGUGGUUCUCUGAGCUGCCAUAUUUGACAGCUGUGCAAAUCCAAGAGGCGUACGCUUAUUCCCUUGAUGUGAACUUCUUAGGAGCUGGAGCUAACAAUGUCAGGGUUGGCAGUGCAGGUUCCGGAAUAUAUUCCGGAAAGGCGGGUGCCCUAAUCAGUAUCAUGCCUGGUUUACCCACCACUAAAGUGCUCGUAGCUAAAGUGCCCAAAGUUCCUGGUCAAGUUACAGAGCCUUACCCAGGCCCCAUUUACGAUGACCCAGCAAACCACGAUAACUUGAAACUAAUCGUAGAUCCUUCCUUACCGUCCCACGUCAGCAGACUGCUGGAACUGGGCUCGCAGGAGUUCACCUUGGUGGAUAAAGACGUAUCUUGCACCUUCAGGGUCACUCUCGCCCAGAGGGAAGGCAACACGCACUACAGAUAUAGAGCGGGAGUUUUCAGUGGAGUACGCUCCUACUCUGGCGUAGCAACAGGCGGUGUUAGAAUUUGCGGCAUCUACGCAUGUACUGAUGAGAACAGAAGAACAUGUGGAGACAGGUUGCCAACCUAUGUAGCAAAUACGACAGGCAUUUUCGAGGAGCUCGUAAUCACAGCAACUUUGCCAACACCAGUUCUAGUCUCCUCCCUUGACACAGACGACUCCAUAGUCUACCCCGUAUCAUCAAAGGUCACCGUUAUGCCUUUAGAAUCAAAGGACUUCACCUACACCAAGGUCCAACAGAGUGACGUCACAGUACAUACAAUGACGUUGACAAACAAAAUGGCAGAACUAUACACGUUUGCUAUUUGGGGUAGACGUUUCGCUACUGAUGGACAGGAGGCAGACCCUCCAUUGCCUGAUGAGCUGGGAGAUGUGACUCCUGAACCUGCAACCCCGACUACGCCUGCUCCUGAAACCACGCUUGGUCCCGAAACCACGCCUGGUCCCGAAACCACGCUUGUUCCCGAAACUACGCCUGGUCCCGAAACCACGCCUGGUCCCGAAACCACGUCUGGUCCCGAAACCACGCCUGGUCCCGAAACCACUACGCUUGAUACCGAACCUACGCCUGCUCCUGGUGCGUCUACUGUUCAUCUUCUGAGUAAAUUUCUGUUCGCAACUUUAGUGGCUUUCGUCUGCUUCAGUGUUUAA